UCACUCUCGGAUAAACUAACGCUAUUAUUUUACGUUGCUCUGAUAGAUAAUAAUUGAUAUCUGUGAACGUACUAAUAUGAAUGAAUCAGCAUGUUCGUCGGUGGGAUUUAGAUUCAGGGAAAGUGGUCAACUGCCGCCGGCGACCUCUUCAGUAUCCGGAGGAUCAUGUUCUUCUUCCAACUGCAUGGCUGCGCAUUCCGACGAGGAUGUUUUGGCGAGGAAACCCAAGAGGCCGGCGGGGAGGAAGAAGUUCAAGGAGACUCGGCACCCGGUGUACAGGGGAGUGCGGCGGAGGGGGAACGGGAAAUGGGUUUGCGAGCUCCGGGAGCCGAUCAACCAGAAGAGGAUAUGGGUGGGAAGUUACCCUACUCCGGAAAUGGCGGCGCGAGCUCACGACGUGGCGGCAUUGGCGCUCAGAGGCCAGUUUGCAACGCUCAACUUCGCUGAUUCCGUGUGGCGCCUGCCGGUGCCGGUGUCCAAGGACGCUAAGGAUAUCCGGAGAGCGGCGGUGAUGGCCGCCGAGGGCUUCAGGGAGACGACGACGACGACGGCAGUAGCGAAAGUAGUGGAGGAGGAAGUGGAAAGCAAAUUGAUGAGAAUAGACGUUUCUAACAUCGACGAGGAGGAGAUGGGCGUGGACGGAAUGAUUGAAAAGAUGGCGGAGGCGGUGCUGUACUCGCCGGCAUGCAUGCAACUGGGGAAUAUUAAUGCUUUCACCACUUGGGAUCAAGCUGACCAACUUGGGAGUGACGACGUAGUAGAAGUCUCACUAUGGAGUUAUUCUAUUUGACUUCACCACCGUGUAUAAUACUAUUCAAUUCAAUACAAUCUUUACCUUAAUUAUUAUGUAGAGUAGGUUGUAAUCUUUAUCUUAAUUUAGUGGGUGGAGCGGCAUAAUUGUGGCCUCAUACUACAUUGUAAUACAGUCAAUAACAGAAGUUUUAAGCUGUA